CGUAAAUCGUGUUGGCCGCAAAUCAAAAUUUGCGAUAACAUCAUGGAGCGCCGCCGGUCAUACGGGUCGAAUUCCAACCCCGCGCGUCACUUCGACUUCUCUGUCAAGGAGGAGACGCUUCAUGGACCCAGCUGGACUUACGCGACCUAUGGGCAUGCGCAAACCCUGCACAUCCCUCGCGACUCGCUCGAUUCGAUUCGGACGACCAUGCAAACACCAAAGCAUCUCUUGUCGGAAUGGCCAUCGACAGCCAUCAGCGGCAACGAUUUGCUUUCCAGUUGCUUGUACUCGGCGGGCAUCGUCGCGUCCAAGGCAGGCAAGCUGUCGCCCAUCCCGACCUUUCUCGUCACAUGUGUCAUGUACCUCUUCCGCUUCAUCUACAUCGAAGUCGUGAGUGCCAUUCCGUUGAACGGCGGUUCGUACAACACCAUGCUCAACACGACGUCCAAGAAAGUGGCGGCGAUGACGGCGACGCUGGCCGUCAUUGCGUACCUAGCGACGGGGGUCGUCGGCGCCGUGUCUGCCUCCGACUACCUUCGCGCCCAAGUCCCGUCCGUGAACAACGUCGAAAGCGCCAUCGGCAUCUUGUUUGUGUUUGCGUUGCUGAACGUCUUGGGUCUCAGCGAGAGCGCGGUGAUUGCAUUGGGCAUCUUCGUGCUGCACAUCAUGACGUUGUUGAUCUUGAUUGUUGGCUGCGUCGUCUUCUCGUUCAACAACCCCCACAUCUUGCGCUCCAACAUGCAGACCCCGUUGCCCGACCUCGAUAUUUGCGGCUCUCUUGUUACCAGCAACGUGUUUACAGCCGUGUUCUUCGGCUUCAGCUCGGCCAUGCUGGGCGUCACGGGCUUUGAGACGGCCGCCAACUUUGUCGAGGAGCAGCAGCCGGGUAUCUUUGGCGCCAUCCUUCGGAACAUGUGGUUUCUCUCGUCCUUCUUCAACCUGUCCUUGUCUAUCCUCAAUCUGUGCGUGCUGCCGCUGCUCGGGCCCGCCGGCACCAUCGCCAACAACAACAUUGUGCUGGCGCUCAUGGCGCGGGAGACGCUUGGCCGCGGCUUUGAGCUCUGGAUGACCAUCGACGGGUUCAUCGUGCUGUCGGGGUCCGUCCUAACGUCGUACGUGGGCAUCACGGGCCUCGUCCGUCGCCUCGCGUGCGACCGCGUCAUGCCCGAGUUCCUCUUGGCUGAGAACAAGUGGCGCCACACCAACCACUACAUCAUCUGGCUCUACUUUGCCAUCGCCGCCAGCCUCGUCGUGUGUUUGAACGGCGACAUCGUCAUGCUGUCGAGUGUGUUCUCGUACGCGUUCCUGGGCUUGCUGCUGCUCUUCUCGGGCGGCGCAAUCUUGUUCAAGGUGAAGCGAAGCCACAUGCCGCGAGACACGAGCGCCGCGUGGUGGAAGUGCAUUGUGGCGCUGGUGAUGGUGUGCUGCGGCUUUCUCGGCACGUUGCUGGGCGACCCGACCGUGUCGGUCGUGUUCGCGCUCUACUUUCUCGUCGUGGGGUCGCUCGUGUUUAUCAUGCUGGAGCGCAUCCUCCUUCUCCGCGUCUGCAUGUUUGUCAUGAAGAGCCUGUGUCCAUCCAAGAAGGACAAGGCGGAAACCAAGUCGUCCGACAGCAGUGACCUGGACGAGCCCUUGCUGCAGCCGCGCACGGGGGCGCUAGGCGGCCGCACCAUUCGAAAGGUCUGUCUGGUUAACUGGUUAUUGCUCUUGUUUAUUCAUGGGAGAUGACUGCCAUAUUUGUGUUUGAUGGUGAGCUUGGGAUGGAAACAUGAUGCUGUUUGUUCGUAGGCUAUCCAAGCCAUCAACGCACCGCCCGUAGUGUUCUUCUGCAAGCACAUGUCGCUGUCGUUGCUCAACAAAGCCGUACGGUACGUCCGCACCAACGAGCACACGGAGAACAUCCAAAUCGUACACGUCCAUGCCCCGGGCACCGCCGACCCCGUCGGGUUUGCCGACCUCGUGGGGGUGUUUGAUAGCAUGUACCCAGAGACCAAGAUUGAUUACGUAUCGAUUGAAGGCACGUUUGAGCCAGCGUUGGUGCAAUGGCUGGCGUCGUACUUGCACAUUUCCACCAACAUGAUGUUCAUUCGACAGCCAGACAACAUUGACGCCCACAAAGUAUCGCUCUUGGGGGUGCGCGUCAUCACGAGCUAGCUAGCUAGGCGACGACUGUACCAUAGGUGUAUGUACCUCCCUAAACAGUACAGCAGUAUACGACCUCAUGAUGGCUGUUCCUGUAUCUCAAGAGCAAUACCUCGAGUAGACGGCAUCUUCGCAUUACUUUUUGGAGAUUGAUCAAAGGAAUCAAAUGCAAGCGAUUUGAUUGGCGGAUGAAUUGUUAGAG